CCCCCUUACCGACGCGUGUGCGCGCGCGAUAUCGCGAGCGAACUCGUAAUACGUACGUUACGAUGGUGUGCGUGAGAUCGCGCGUGCGGAUCGUUCGCGAACUCAACGGCAGCCUGUAGCUCGUCUCCGGGAAGCUGGUGGUGGUACUCACGCGGCGUACGAGUGAAGAAGCCGGAAGAAAGAGAUCUGUUUUCUUGAAUCUAUCUGAACUGACGAUGCGGUCCUUUGGGAAGUCGUGGCGAUGGACCAUCAGUGAAAUGGACAUGAGCAUCCUUGUUUUUAACGGUUUUCUAUUACUGGGCUUCGUCGUGGCUACGGUACCGGAUGUUCUAGUAUUGGGUUCGCCGGGCCCCACGCAGGUCAUCGAUCGGGAUACUUCUGCGAAGAAAUGCCGAUACAACAGGGCCUACUCAAUGCUGGAAGCAUCCUGCUCGAAUUUGGAGCUACAUGAUAUCCCGACGAAUCUCAAGGCUGACAUACAGGUAUUGGAUGUUACAGUGAAUCGAUUAAGGGAGUUAACGAACGAUAGUCUGACCUCUUACAAAAGCUUAGCCUAUAUCUAUCUGGGUGACAAUUUUAUCCAAAAUAUCGAGGAAGGAGCCUUUGCCAAACAGAAGUAUCUGGAAGUGCUAGAUCUUUCACAAAAUGGUUGCGACACUCUGCCGAAGAGCCUCUUCCAACUGCCGUAUCUCCGCACGCUUUACCUCGGUUACAACAAGCUUACCGACUCAGUGUUCAAGAUGGAAGUUACCUCGCCUAUCAAGCUGUUACAGUUGACCAGGAAUAAGCUCACCAAGAUCCCGUAUAUCGGCCCUCAGCCGACCCUUGUCACCCUUAACGUGUCCGAGAAUCUGAUCACCUCGGUCGAUACCGAGGACUUGGCGCCGUUCUGCUCACUGAAGUUCCUCGAUCUCUCGCGGAACAUAAUCAAAUUUAACGCUGCGAAUAGUUGCAAAUGCGAGAUGUUGAAUGCCUGGGCGAAGCUACAUCAGAUCAAGAUGAAACCUAAUUUCUUCAAUUGCACCAACUCGAACAUCAUAACCGAGGAUUGCACCAAUUUGCAAUUCAGUAAUCGAACGUACGAAUUGUAUAACCAAUGUUCGACUAUCAUACAGCAGAAGGUGGAGACUGAAAAGGCCCGCUCAGUCUGGAUACUGGUAGUCACGUGCGUUUCGGGAUUCCUUUUCGUCGUCUUCAUGGUGCUGUGCUGCGUGCACAAGCGGAAUCGCAGGCGACGCAGGAAGCAAAAAGAACAACAGCAAUUAGCAGCGAACAACGCCAAUACUGAGUUACUAAAUAGCAAUUUGACAACCGGUAAUUCGUGAAAUAAUCGCUGAAAAACGUACAACAAUAAAAAUUGUAGAGAAUCCUGUGUCGAUGCCGAGAGGAGUACAGCUUUAUACGAACCGCGAGGAAAUGGAAGUUAAGGAGUUAUCGACUUUGAAAACAAAAUUAACGAUGUUCAAAGUAUUUGAGAUACCUGUUGGUAUUUAUUGAGAGUUUAAUCAACGGAUUCAGAGAGAGAAUUUAAUUGGAUAUAUCGACAGAUACGUGCCUAACAGUUUGUAUCUGAUCAUUAAUAUACAUUUACAUUCACAUGUUCAAUAAAUGUGAGAUUAUAGUUUGAAUUCUUCUGACGUGACUGCCAUUUUCGAAGAUAUUACAAAUUUUCAGAAGAAGUGAGAUAUACACUAGCCUCAUAAAGCAUGAACAAUAUAAUACAAAUUCGUUACCAUCCAAGAUAUCGAGCGAAAUGUGAUUAGAUUUUACUUAAGUAGAUUACUUAAGACUCCGAAGAGAAGCGCAGCCAUCGAAAGUAACCAACGGAACUUCGUGAAGACUAUGCUUACAAGAUAUAAACGCGUUAACUUAUAAAAAUGUGUAAAUGUUCUAUAUUGUGU